AUGGUCCCCGAAAAUCGUGGGUUCGAAAGUCACUACGGAUAUCUAAUCGGGGCAGAGGGACAUUACAAUCACUCGCAGUUUAUUCAAGGUCAAAGUGGAGUGGACUUUCGCGACGGGGGCAAGUCAACGAAUUCUAGCUGGGGUCAAUAUGGCGCAGAAAUCUUUGCUGAUCGAGUGGAAAAGCUUGUCGAAGCUCAUGACCCAGAGGAAUCUUUUUACAUGUAUGUUGGUCUUCAGAAUGUUCAUUACCCAUUGGAAGCGCCGCAGAAAUACGUUGACAUGUACUCAUGGAUUGAGGAUCGAGAUCGACGCAUUUACGCGGCAAUGACGAAGAGUAUGGACGAUACAGUAGGUCGAAUCAUCGACAGUUUCAAGAACAAAGGCCUCUGGGAAGAUACCAUUGUCUACUUUACCACGGACAAUGGAGGAAGCACCCUCUACGGCGGUAACAACUGGCCACUAAGAGGACUGAAGAACACUCUUUGGGAAGGCGGUAUAAGAGGAAUCGGAUCAAUCAAGAUCCCGGGAGUCUCCGCCGACAAACGAAACCAGCUGAUGCACGUGGUUGAUGUCUUCCCAACUCUUCUCGAUCUCACACAAUGCGCAAACACCCGAAAAGUGAAAUUCGAUGGCAAGUCCCAAGCCAAAAUGCUCGUUGAAAAUGAUGAGUCACAGAAUGACUCGUUCCUAAUCAACAUUGACCCGCUUCGUUUGAACAAGAAAUCGCCAGAUAAUCGAACAUGGAAUUCUGACUAUGACGUGAGAGUACAGUCCGGAUUGAGGUGGAAGCAGUGGAAGUUGCUGACCGGACAGCCGUCGAGUGAUGGGUAUCCAACUGGGCAUAUUUAUCCUCCUGAAUGGCCGAAAACUGAUCGUAAAAAUGACAACACGAAUAAUUUCGAUGCUAUUUCUGACCUAAACGUACGAUUGUACGAUAUCGAAAACGAUCCACUGGAAGACUUUGAAAUUUCAAACGAAAAUAAAGACAUCGUCGAGCAAAUGCUAAACAUGCUCUCUGCCUAUAACUCCAACGCAGUUCCAUGCCGCUGGCCAAAGCCGGAUCCAGCGGGUUUGCCGGACCAAAAUGACGGCUUUUGGAAGCCCUGGAUCAACACAAAUCAUAAACUUCAGUUCGAGCCCAGUCUCUAG